CAACCGGAAACCUUCUAAUUGAAUCAUGUGCACGUGACUCUCCAAAAAUGGAAUAAUCGAUUCAGUCCACUGGGGUCGCCUUACCUUAGUGCAUGCAGGCGUCGAGCUAUGGCGUGUGGGCUGCUAGAAGACAAAAUUGUCGGCAAAAACACGCGGAAAUACAUGAUUUCCAUAAUUUGCGGUUUUGCAGUGGUGCUGAGAGGGUGAAAGGCUAAUGCGGGAAUGUGCCAAAUGCGGACACUGCCGCCCUAUCAUGAGCUCAGUUGUGUCUCCUUGAUUCGAUUUCGAUACUGUUACAUCGAUCGUCGACCACCAUGAACAUAUCCUUGCAUCCAAUCACCUCCGAUUCAAUGGCCAUGGACCUUCAGCAGGCCUGGGGUCUCUCGAAUUCGGCUGUCCAAGCGUCGCGAAGUGGCGAUCAUGCGGCUGCAGAGCGCCUCCACCGGGAGACCCUGAAACUCAAACAGAAGAAUGCCCCUGGGGACGCGAUAGGAAUCGCACUCUCAAAAAAUGGCCUUGGGGAGGCUUUGUACGACCAGGGGAAAUAUAACGAGGCGUACGAAGUCCUAAAGGAGAGCUUAGCCAUCCGAGAGGUGGCGCAGGGACAAGAGUUUGAUGCUGCCGUGACGAGGGAGAACCUGGCCCAAACGCUGCAAUCUAUGGGGAAAGUCCAGGAGGCUAGAGACGUAAGGGUACGCGGAAUCGCUCUUGGUCAACUUUGCUGUUCGAAUUACAAGUGUCCCGGGCAGCUCUUCGCCAGGAACCAGCUUAAACAUUGUGGGGGAUGUGGACUGCCGCAUUAUUGCAGCGUCAAUUGUCAGAAGGUGGAUUGGAAAGCCCGUCACAAGGGUCAGUGCAAAAUGCUCCAGGAAGUCUGGAAAAAGGAGAACAAAGCUUAACAAAGCAUAAGUGACGACAUACAAUAUAUCCAUUCUGGCUUAUCAUUGUUGGGGCGUCACGCAGAGUUGCGUUUUCGUGUUUAACCCGUGUAUAGGUAUCUUGAACAGCAGUAUGCCAUUCUCCGAGCUUUCAGGGAAUAUUGUGGAUGCUUCGUCCAUAGGUUUGAAAUCGGCCAGUGCUGACAGGGCCCUACUGACUUACAAUCACCUUCUACGCGCUACACUGACUCAUCGGCACCAAUUCUGUUUGUGUCGUGCAAUGCAA